AUGAACAGCUUCGCCGAUGGCGGCUCCUCUAGGGUUUCGAUUCCUCACCAUCUCCGCAAAACCCUUCAGAGCAUCAGAGAGAUUACGGGAAAGCAGCACUCGGACGAAGACAUCUUCGCCGUGUAUAAGGAAUCCUUCAAUGAUCCUUACGAGACCGCCCAGAAGCUCCGAUUUCUCGAUACAUUUCAUGAAGUGAAGAGUAAAAGGGAGAAAAAGAAGGAGGCAAGUGUUCUUUUCGUUAUGAAUACCUUAUUUGCUAAUAUAGUGCCAAUUACCCAAGAAAGUGGCAGAAGUGGUCGGAGGAACUCUGCCUCCAGUAACACUUAUCAUGAUGCACGCAAUGGAAGAAAUUUUAAAAGGGGAAGUAGAGCUAAUCGUGUAACAGGAGCUUCUAGAACGUCUAUUCCUGCCACUAACAAAGCAAGAGACCUCACAGUACCGCAUGCAAUAAAGGUUUCUGCUCCUACCAGUCUUCCGAGUGGGGUAAACAAUCAUAAACUUCAAGAUGAUUGUACUGUUACUGUGAACAAGGGACAUGCAGAGAAAAAUCCUCUUUCCAAGUCUUCUUCUUCCUCCGAGGAUGGUGUUGAACCACAUAUGUCUAAAGCAAUUUCAGAACCAGUUGCUGCGCCUGUGUCCGUUCCCAUUGUACAAAACCAUAUACAAGAUGUAACUUCUGCUCAAGUCUCAGAGCCUCUUGUGAACAGCCAACCAGCAGAGUUGCAAUCAUCUACAUUCAGUCGACAGGAUCCUUCUUUGAUCUCUGCUUCUCAUUGCACUACUCAGUCAGAUCAAGUCACCAAAAAUGAGCCUGCAUCCAACAAAAGCAAAGGUCAAUUGCUUCUCAAGUCAGAUGUUGGUGAACGGUCGCACGUAACGUUUCCGUUCCACCUUCAGGUUGCCGAAGUGCUGCAGAAUGGUCUGACGUUUGGCAGUUUUGAUUCUAGUCUUCUGAGAGAGGCAUCUUCUAACAAUGGUGCUAGUGGCGGCGACGACUCAAAUUUUGAGUCUUCUCACGGGACAGGGGAUGAUGAGGGAGAUUCUUCUCCCGCUACCAAUGGUAUUCCCGGGGUCGGUUCUCCUAGAGAAGGAGCAUUCUCUUAUUUUGAAGAUGGGAUUUCAAAUUCAGCACCUGGAGCUGAGCUAGUGCGGAACUCAGAUCCCAUUGUCCCACCUGUAGAAGGUGAACUGGAGCAAGCUUUAUCCAACACACAAACUCAUCAAAUCGCUUAUGGCCGAGAAGCCCCGUUUACUGUGUUUGGCCUUGUCCCCUCAAUGACAGCAUUAGGCCAACCCCCUGGAAAUUCUAAUGCUCCAGCUAUAUCAUUAGUAUCAUAUCCACCAGAUCAGGGCUCCAUAGCAGCAGCCUCUCAGCAGGCAACUCAGCUUUUUAGGCAACAAUACCCACCCAAUUUCUUCCCUUAUAGUCCCUAUUACCCACCGUUUUAUAUGCCAUCACCAUACAUUCACCAGUUCUUGAGCCCAAAUGGGAUCCCUCAGCAGUCUUAUUUUCCACCAGGAGCUGCUCUAGCAGCACCUACCCAUAUAACACCAGUAGACGACACUGAGAACCCUCCUACCACAAACCCAUCCCCACAUGCUUCUUUAACAGUUGAUACUCACAUCCCAUCUGCAACCACCUUAAACUCUAAUCAUACUGAAGAGAGGACUUCACCAAUGACUGAAAGUGCAGCUGCGUGGAUUGGGCAGGGACUUGGCAACCUGCAGGUGAAUCCAAUGUAUAAUCUAGCCCUGCAAGGUCAGCCACUUGGUUUCCCAGUCGUGCAGGCUGGUCAUAGUGGGAUCAUUGGAAUGCACCAUCCAUCACAGCCCAUGACUGCUGCUUCAGCUACAUAUCAGACCUUGCCACCACCGCCACAGUCCACAAGGGCUAUGGCUGAACCAACAGGACACCCGCACAUCGCUUAUCAGCAACCUCAAGCUGCCUUGACGAAUUGGGACAACAACCAUUAA